UGCCAGUAUCCGAGAAUUUUUAGAGAGACCCACAAAGUCUAACUCUAAAUCAGGAGUCGCAGGGAUCUCAUCAGCGCAUUCGCAAGUCCUUUAGCCCAAGGAAAGCUUCAAGUCAAUUGUCGACUUUGGUGCAGAAGAAGAUUUGGACAGGCAACAACAAUAAAAAAAAAGUUGACCUAAUGACGAUGGCAGAAGGCACCGACCCCAUGGGGCAUCAUCAUCACGCCGCCGGCUCGCACAAUCCCCAUCACCAUCAUCAUCAUCAUCACUCGCAUUCGCAUCCCCCGCACCAUCCACAUUCGCAUCAUCAUCACCAUCAUCCACAUCCUCAUGGCCAUCCCCAUGCUCACGGUCAUCCACCGCCGCCCGCGCCGCAUCCUCAUCCCCAUCCACAUCCACAUCCACAAUUUCAACCGGCUGGUGUGGCGGCUGUCUAUGGUGGACCACCAUCGUAUGGGCAAUUGCAGUAUCCUCAUCCAUCGCAUGGUUUGCCGCAGCAUUUGCCCAGUUUGGCAUUGAGUUUGCAUCAGCAGGCGACGGCGGCAGCAGCAGCAGCGGCAGCGGUUGCUAGUAACAACAACAAUAACAACAACAACCAGCCCUAUGUGACCACUAACAACAACAACAACAACAACAUUAUGCCAUGGAAGCAGCGCAAACGCAAACGUCUCUCAGCGGUUCUCGACAAGUUGCAACACAAUAAUAAUAACAACAACAACAACAACAAUAAUAACAACAACAACAACAAUAAUAAUAACACUAAUAACAACAAUAAUAUCAACAACAUGGUGCAUGAGGGGGAUGAGGAGGAGGAGGGGGAGGAUCAACAAGAGGCAAACGACGAGGCAGAUGAAAGCAACUGUAAAAUCGAGCCCAUGGAUAUGGAUGAGGAUAUGGACAAGCAGCGAAUGAACGCAGCUGAUGCGGAGGAUGAUGAUGAAGAGGACGAGCAACAACAACAACAACUGCAGCAGCAGCAGCAGGAGGCUAAAUUCAUUAAAAGCGAACAACAGGCAGCUAGCGAGGAUGAUGAUGAACAAACUGAGAAUAUAUCUGGCGAGGAUAUGGAUCACUCGCUAAGCGACAACGAUCCAGAUGCGGAUCACGAUCCGGAUCAGGAUAGUCCACGCAUUAGCAUGAGCCCAUUGCAAUUGGCGGGUGUCACACCCAACAUGAUGGACCCAUCUCAGUUGGCCAAAGAGAAUCCUUUGCAUGUGGACAUCAAAACCGAGAUGCCCAGCCCAUAUGAUCGCUACUUUCCCAUACCUUCGCCCUUGUUUGGUUAUUAUCUGCAUACCAAAUACUUAAACGAAGUAUUCCGACGUCGCCAUGAUCUCUAUCCAUCGCCCUUGCAGCAUACACCCUCGUCGAUUGCCUCAUCCUCGGAGACGGAAACAUCGCCCAAUGGUGGUAACCUCUCGAUUGAGCAGCAGCAGCAGCAAAGGAAGGCAAUUAGUCAGGCGCUGCCGCCGGCUCUGUUGGCCAAUGCCUCGCCACCGCCAUCGUUGCCAUCGCCGCCGCGCAGUGAGUCCUCGGUGAGCCAGCGUCGCUCCAGUCCCAAGACGAAGCAAGCGGCCAGCGGCAAGAAGGAGAAACAAAAGCAGGAUAAACCCAUGCCGCCGCCCCAAGAUCGCCCACUCGACUUGUCGUGUGUGCGCGGCGGCGAAUUGGAUCCCAAAAAGUACAAAUCCUCCUCAUACGCAACAUCCGGAUCACCACCCCUUGGAGUGGCGGCUCAUCACAAUCAUCGCCACGCGCUGAUGCCGCCGCCGGUGGCCGGAUCGAUGAGUGCCGCCAGCAGUUUGGAGAGCAUGAAUGCCUUGUCGCCCGCCUCGAGCACACACUCCAGCACAUCGCUCACGAAUGCCACGAAUCCAAAUGCCAGCAUCACGCCCAUAUCCAGUCAAGCGGCUGUGCCGCCACCACCGACUCCAUCGGCCUAUGCCAAUGUGAUGUCAGCGGCAGCUGCCCAUGCAGCAGCAGCGGCGGCGGCAGCAGCCGCCAUGAUUAAGAUGGAAAUGCCCCUGCAUCCGCUGCAUCAUUCGCAUCAUCUGCAUCACCAGCAGCAGCACCAUCCUCAUCACCAGCAUCAGCAUGUGCCCACCACCACGGUGGGUGUGCCUGUGAUCAAGGGGGAUGUGGCCUCUCCUACCACCAAGGAAACAGUGGCCUGGCGCUACAAUUUGGACGUGUCGCCGGUGGUGGAGGAAAUGCCGCCUGGCUCGGAUGUGGCCUACGUGUGUCCCACUUGCGGACAAAUGUUCUCCUUGCAUGAUCGCCUGGCCAAGCACAUGGCUUCACGUCACAAGUCGCGCAAUCCCGCCAAUGACAUAGCCAAAGCGUAUUCGUGCGAUGUCUGCCAUCGCUCCUUUGCCCGCUCCGACAUGCUGACCCGGCAUAUGCGUCUCCACACUGGCGUCAAGCCCUACACCUGCAAGGUGUGCGGUCAGGUCUUCUCGCGCUCCGAUCACUUGUCCACCCACCAGCGCACCCAUACAGGUGAGAAGCCCUACAAGUGUCCGCAGUGUCCUUAUGCGGCAUGUCGCCGGGAUAUGAUCACCAGGCACAUGCGCACUCACACCCGCUACGAAUCCCGUGGCGGUGGCGGCGGAGGCGGUGGUGGCCGUGAAAAUCGUGGCAGUGGAGCUAGAGGAGGAGGAGGAGGUGGC